AUGGUAAGGCGGGCGGCACCUGGGACACAUGACAGAUCCUAGAAGCCGCCGGACCAAAUCACAAAGCGCAAGUGCUAUUCUUGCUCAUGCGCACUGGGCACAAAGGCUGUCAUGCCGAGCGCCAUUACAGAAGCCGGGAAGACAGCGCGCGGCUGGAUAGAGGAACAGGUAAGAUGAAAGGUACAACUCCGCGGAAGUGGGAGCGGGUACCUGUCAAAUUCAGGUACCCGCUCCCCCUCCCUCCCCAAAGGUCAGCAGUCAUAACCUGUACUGUCCGCAGUCUCUGGUCAUAACUGUGCUGUCCGCAGUCUCUGGUCACAUUCCCUGUACUGUCCGCAGUCUCUGGUCAUCCCUGUACUGUGUCCGCAGUCUCUGGUCA